AAUUUCUUUUUUAGUAAAUACCAAUUCAUUCAUUGGGAUUCAAUUCUAUUUUUCAAGUUUUUAAGAUCAGAUGGUAUUUUUGAAAAAAUGGGCUUACUAAUCAGUAGGCCCAUCUACUUAAUGAUUAAUAGGCCCAAUUGCUAGAAACCCAACAUGCACCGAUCGUCUCGGCUUGACCGUUUUGACCGCUAAAAAUUCUUUUCCUUUAUCUGAUCUGAGACUGAAACCUCCGACGAUAUCGAUGGCGAAUCCAACGCUCAUUUUCCUCAUUAUCGUUCUCCUCGCCGCCGCGCCGGCCUCGGAGUCAAUCUCCUACUCACAGUAUCGUACACUCUUCUCCCUCUCCCACACUCUCCUGACUCGAGUGGAAAACCUACGCGCCGCCAGGGGCGACAUCUCUGGCGCGAACCGGGCCAGGGUCAUGGCGGCGAAGCUGGAGCGAGGAAUGGGUCUAGGGUUUUGGAGAUUCAUGUGGUCAGCCGGUUGGGACUACGUCACCAACUACGCAUGGAGGGACUUGUCCUAUCCGGAGCUCUUCGCCGCCGUUUCCGACUCCAACGAGUUGCUGAAAUGGCUGGGCGAUUUGUCUCGGGCGGAAUCGGCCGGCGAACGUGCCGCCUGGGUUGGCAGAAAUUACAAAAAUGUCCUUAAGGUCUCUAGUUCGAUGCUCUCUAGGCUUCUCAAAGUGUUUCGCCAAUCGGGAAAAUUGAGGGAAGUGGUGGAGACAGUGCAAAGAGAGGUGGUUGACGGUGGAUUAUUGAGAGAUUGUCUUGAACUGGGCACUAAUGACUUAAAAGGUUUGAUUCAAAUCCUCAAAGAUAUGGGGCUGCAAUAUGCUUCCAACUCAGAUUCUACUAAUAGUGACUUGUGACGUUGCUCACUAUUGAAAAUUGUUUCACACAACCAUGUGAAGUAAGGUAGUUCAUGCUAAUUCCAAAUCACACACACACACACUCCACUAUAUAUAUAUAUAUAUAUAUAAAUAUAUACAGGAAUUGACAACUUUUACUGUGUAUCCUUUUGGGCAAAGCUAGGAUUUUCUUUCAAGAUGUUUUGUUUCUAUGUUUUGGCCAAAUAUGAUGGGCAAGUUUUUCGAGGUGCACAAGGGCUUUGUUUUUUUGUUGACAUGACAAUUCUUGUUACUUACUAAAUAAAGUGGAGGCCAUGAGUCUUGACCCUC